AUGAAGAGAGGAGUGGUGAUUGGUGGUAUAGUCUCCUUCACAUUUCUAUGUGGCUACUUUUUCUUCCUUGCACACGCUAUAAUAUCAACUUUUCUGAGGCAUCGCUUCAGUGAGCAGACUUAUUUCGAAGCCAGCCACAGGUUGUUGCACAAGUUUGACAGCGUGCGAAGAUCAAAUAUCAGUGUAGGGCUGCCGAAACUUUCCACCAAUACUUAUGUUGAUGACAAUGAGAGGGAUGUUGCGAGAGACUCGCUGUUUUUGGACUCUCGGGAAAAUGCUACGCUUUUGAUGUUGGUGCGAAAUUGGGAGUUACCGGGCGCUCUUAGCUCAAUGAGGUCUUUGGAGGACAGGUUCAACAAAAGGUACCGUUAUGAUUGGACUUUUCUGAACGACGUUCCGUUUGAUGAUGAGUUUAUCGAAGCCACUUCUGCUAUGGCAAGUGGGAAAACAGCUUACGGCUUGAUUCCCAGCACAGAUUGGGAUCGACCAUCUACAAUUAAUGAGACAGAAUUUGAAGCAGGUCUGCAAUUAAUGCGAGAAAAAGGCGUCCUUUACGGAGGUUCUAAAUCAUACAGAAAUAUGUGCAGAUUUAAUUCCGGCUUUUUUUACAAACAACAACUUUUGGACCAGUAUCAAUAUUACUUUCGAGUUGAACCCGAUGUACAAUACUACUGUGAUUUUCCCUACGACCCAUUCAAAGUUAUGCGGGAGAAGCAUAAAAAAUACGGAUUUGUUAUAGCCAUGUAUGAGUAUGAGGAUACGGUCACUACUUUGUGGGACGCCGUAGAAGAAUUUAUGGCGGACUAUCCCGAAAUGGUCGAUACUAAGACCAACAGUUACGAUUUUAUCACCGAUGAUGGUAUGAUUGGUAAGGACAUGCCAGUAAUUCAAUCAAAUUCCAUGUACAACUUAUGUCAUUUUUGGUCAAACUUUGAGAUCGGUGAUCUAUCGUUUUUCAGGAGCGAGCCGUACCAGAAAUAUUUCGAGCUACUUGAAUCCAAGGGCGGUUUCUACUAUGAACGUUGGGGUGAUGCACCUGUUCAUUCGAUCGCGGUUGCUCUUUUGUUGCAACAAGACGAAGUAAUUCAUUUCGAUGAAUUAGGAUAUUACCAUGUGCCUUUUGGAACAUGCCCCACAGCAUAUAACUUAAGGUUACAACAGAGGUGCGUAUGCAAUCCAAACCUGGACCAAAAUAUCGACAUUAAACCGCAUAGCUGCUUAACGCGGUGGUGGAAGCAUGGAAGCGGGAAAUAUUUCAUGAAGCAUGCAUAA